AUGGCAUCCGCCAUCACAGCCACCACCGGCCCCGGGCCAGAAGAACUUACACCCGAUGUCCUCGAGAAUGUCCGAGACCGCCUCAAGGCCAACGUGAAAACAGGCUGCUACACUAAGGCUGAACUACUCGAGAACGCCAUACACUACUUCUCUUAUGAGAAGAUACCCAGUGACCAUCCCGACAUCAAGCGCGAGUCCGAACGCCUAAUCGACACCCUCUGGGCCAAGCAGCUCCGCCGGCAAGCAAAAUGGAGCGAAGCCAAGCUCGAAGACUACGCAAAGAUCGAGCAGGUAUUUAGGAACCUUAACGAAAAGGGGAUCGUGGCGCGUAAAAACUUCUACUACACGCAGCAACAGGCGGAUUUCCACAUCCGGAAGGAAGCGACGGGCAACGAGCAAGGAUUUGCGUACUGGCAUGGGCAGGAUACGGAAAAGGCUCUUGAUGGGUUCGGGCUGGUUAUUCGGUUUGGGGCGUUGGACUUUGACGAUGAGGGGUCGAAGAGGGUUGGGGAGAUUGUUUGUGAGGAGCUCAGAGCUGUGGGGUUACCUGCGCUGUGGAAUGGGACUGCCAUGCAGGCGAUAUACGUGAGGCCUUUUGUGUGGCGGAAAAAAUUACCUGUAGAUGAAUAA